AUGCCGUAUGCAUCCAUGGAGGCACUGUCGCCUCGUUCAGCCAACCUACCAAUGAAGCCUCCGACAGCGGUCAAGAAGACUAAGGUCGAUACUCGUGCGAAACCAGCACAGUCUGGCGUAAAUCCCGACAAGAUCGACGAAAAAUGGCGACCUGCAGCUGUGAUCAAAGAGCCAGAGCCAGAAGGAAACACAUAUGUAACUGGGAAGAAACUUGGCCGGGGAGGGUUCGCUGUCUGCUUUGAGGGUAGAUCAGAGCGUACUGCGGAGAUAUUCGCCCUUAAAGUGGUCAAGUCUCAUGUGGAGCAGAAGAAACAAUUGGAGAAGUUUCGGACGGAAUUGCAAAUCCAUGCGAAAAUGCACCAUCCUAGCAUCGUCGAAUUUUAUCGUGCGUUCGCUUUUGAAAAUUAUACUUACGUUGUCCUCGAGCUAUGCCCCAACGGUUCUUUGAUGGAUAUGGUCAAAAAUCGAAAGUCUCUUAGUCUGCCCGAAGUUCGUCGAUACAUGAUUCAGCUUUGUGGAGGGGUAAAAUACAUGCAUCAACGCUGUGUCAUUCAUAGGGACUUGAAAAUGGGCAACAUCUUUAUGGACUCCCAUAUGAACAUCAAGAUUGGAGAUUUCGGCCUUGCUGCGGUGGUGGUGGACGACAAAGAGCGUAGGAGGACCAUGUGCGGCACGCCUAAUUAUAUUGCUCCAGAGUUGCUGGGGAAAAAGGGUGCUCUAGACGGCCAUGGCAACAAGGUCGAUACCUGGGCAAUCGGAAUCAUCUGCUAUGCCAUGCUGAUUGGCACUCCUCCUUUCGCCUCCAAAUCACAAACCGAAAUUUACGAGAAGCUGAAGCAGCUCCAAUACGAAUGGAAGGAAGAUUGUCAAUAUUUCAUUCCUAACCAAGCCAAGAACCUUGUGACGCUGUGUUUGAAUCUGAAUCCCACUGAGCGGCCUGGUAUGGACGACUUGGUUGAACAUGAGUUUUUUAAGAUGGGUGCCAUAGCGGAGGAGCUCGACCGUUCUUGCCUUAGAAGCCCACCCCUCUGGCUCGAGCAUGCUGAUCCUCGGGGUGAUAAGGUCACGCCAGGGUAUGGGGUAGAUCAUCCCGCAAUCUGCGAAAUUUCUGGUGUUGGCAAAACGGCCACAGGCCGGUCGAGACCAGCAGUAGGUGGAAAUGUGAAUGUUUCGGCAAUGGUUGAGGUCGAGCUUGAGAAUGCUAAUGGGUGUGCGCCUGCUAUCCCAAUGCCCGAAGGUGUAAUAUACAAGGAAUUUGUAGCAGCCAAAGAGGAGUGGAAUGCCAGCAGGAAACGGCCUCUGACCGUUCCCAAGAUCCGCGGUCGACAGGCGCCAGCAUCGAAUACUGAUAAGCUAGACAUGCAGCUUUUAUCGGAAGCACUGCCGGAGACGCUCACGUCGCGCAGUGUCUCCACUACCACCACUGCGCCUACCUUUGCUACAGGCAUUUCGCAAGCCUUGCAACAUAGAGCACCUGUGCAAAGCUUCGCCGCCCAACAGCGCCAGCAGGCUUUUUCUUCUCGAGCGAUCAGCCGCACGGUUGCUCCUAACCAGCUGACAAGCCGAGUAGCUUCCACACGCGAAGGAAGAGCGCAUUCGACGCGGGAACUUCAGCCGAAGGAGUCGUCUCGCCAAACAGUUCGUAUCAAGACACGGCCGGCAGAGCCAGCCUCGCAGAACUCUCAAGGUUAUCUCCGAGAGCAGCCAGUUCGAGCUGGUGUACGUGUCACGCGCAGCACUACGAUCCGCGAUACACCUAAAUAUGCUGUGGAGAACGCGUCCGAGAACGCGAUUGUUCCUGAUCGGCGAGAGAUCCAAACCGCAGAAUCCGCUCAGGAGCAACAACGACCAGUUCGAGCGCGUCCGGCCAGGUCAACGACCGCAAACCGUACAGAAGCCCAACCACGGCCUAAACGUCGAAAUCUGUCCCGAGAGAUAACAGCUGAUCAGGAGAUUUCAGCUCGCUCUUCAUCAUCGUCUGGCUCAGAAGCUGCCAGCAGGCCACUGGAGGUCAUUGGUAGUAAUGACCUGAAGCCAAAGAAGGCGCUCUUAAUUUCAACAAGGUCGAGAGCUGAGACUGCUAAAGCCGUGGGCAGCUUGUCUGCUACUCCUGCGAGGGCCACCAUUUUUGCCCCAACUGACAUCACCACACCGGUACCUGGCUCUUCAGUUGACUCCGUAAUGAAUAACCUCCAGGAAAUAUACCACGACCUUGCACUCGAUGAUUGCAUUCACGAAGAAUCCACAAAGCGUUUUCGUGGAGUCCCGUCCACUGCUCAUCCGAUUGUGGAGAAGUGGGUAGAUUAUACGGAAAGAUACGGCAUAGGUUAUCUACUAUCUGACGGUGCUGCAGGCGCUGCUCUCAAAUCCUCCAUGGAUAACGCAAGAUCCAGUUGUUGUGUUGUAAUCAGAAAUUCCAGGGAGCAUUACCGUCGUCGAACUCGUCAAGAGGAAGUGCAGAUUGUUCCACAAGGUCCACAAGCGACGCCUGUCGAGUUCUACGAAACGUUUGCCAAGGAUGGGAUCAGGAAAGCAUCGGUGCCUGCGGAAGACUUCAACUACGACCAAGCGCGACCUUGGAAAUGGAUUGACGGCAGGGAAGUUGUUGCGAGUCUUUCGCAGCAAGCCAAAGACGAUCAUGCGGCUGAGAGGCUAAAAUUACUCGGAUUGCUGGAUAGAUUUGGAAAAUACAUGACCAACCUGAAUGCGAUGAACACGGAAGAGACGAAAGAGGCAAGAGUAGAGACAUUCAUCAGAUUCUACCAGCGUUUCGGCAAUGUCGGGGCGUGGGGAUUUGGAGACGGAUCGUUCCAAUUCAACUUUCCCGACCACACGAAACUCCUCUUCUACCGAUCUGGCAAAGACCACGGUCACAGCCUGAUGAUGGACCUUUACUAUUUGCAGCCCGAGGAUGCGAAGUACCUUGCCAAGUACGGGACAUUUAUGGACAGAUCAAUGGAAAGAAGGAGUUCGUUUACUGUCCCAGUCUCUGGGAUCUUGGGUGGAUCGGAGACGCGAUAUGUAGAUAUCAUCAAGAGUAACCAGGUCAAAGAAAAGCUCUCAUGGAUCCGAGAUGUAUUUGCUCUAUGGGUUCGGGGGGGAGGGCUGGGAAGGACGGGAAAUGAGAGGCUAGUUUGGACCGGUCUGCGACUCAAGAAGGUUGAUCGUGGCAACAAAAAUGAUAUGGUCUGGGUCACUGUCGGCAGGGACGGUGGAGACGGGGAGGUCAUUCGGGAAAAAUGA